UCGACUUUACACUUCCUGUUUCGUUGUCCGGGGGAUACAGAGACAUCACACUAUGGCCAACAACGAAUGGAAAAAGAAAUGCGAGACCGAGUGGGAUCUUAAAGGAAUUUCGUUGCCGGACAGUGUCGACUGGAAGUUCGUCUACGAAGCGAAGCCGUUCGGUCGAAAUUUGUUGAAGAACCCUGCGCCUCACGGUGUGAGUCACAACUCUCCCCCUCCUGAACCUGAACUGACAGGAUAUCCUCCAACUGGACCUCCUCGCUCUGAGCCAGAGGGUGACUUUUCCGGCUGGAUCACCAGUAGAGAGAGCCUUGGCUAUGAUGCUAGUGGUGUACCACCAGGUGUCGCUGUCUGUCACCUGCCUAACUACAGCUGGUUUACCUUGGAGCAGAAAGUGGACCUGAAGGCUGAGGGAGCAUGGGAUGAGCUGUUGGAUGGUUUUCAGCCUGAUAUUGUCAUCAAAGACUGGUAUGAGGAGAGCCAACUGCACGACUCCAUAUACCAGCUGCGGGUAAGGUUGCUGGGAGCAGACGGAGAGACAAUGAUCAAGGAACACACUGUGUCCCCAACAGAGGAUCUUAGCAAUUACUCCCACAACUGGAAAGAGGUGUCCCAUGUGUUCUCUGGCUAUGGUCCUGGGGUGAGGUAUGUCCACUUCCUGCAUAGACUGAAGAACAAGUUCAUGGUGGAGUUCUUCCCUACCCUGGUCACAGGAAGUACUGUACUUGUCAUGCCAAGAAAAUCCAGCUAAUAUAGAACCUGUUGGACCACAGUGGGCACUUAGGACAGUGAUAUCUACAGUGGACACUUAGGACAGUGAUAUCCACAGUGGGCGGAGCUUCCAUUGUCCAUAUUGUGAGUCAUUGGUUGGCAAAUGUUAAUAAUUUUUUGGGUAAUUUUAAUAUUUCUAUCAUUUUUGAAUAUUAAAAACCUUUAAAACCAA